UCUGUGUGGUGUGGGGAGAAGCUGGUCCUCCGUGUCCUCCCAUAGCGCUUACUGCCGCACCCUCACCCCCUAGGGGCUGGAUCCAAAGGAGCCUCGCUCCCCAAGCCUUGAAGCCACAGCCAGGAAGGUUCCCCACCCCCUACUUCGGGGGCAGGACUUCUCUUCUGCCCCCACCGGGAAAAGAGGCAGAAACUUAGGGUUUUCCCUCCUUUUCUUAGGGUCAGAAGCUCUCAGGGUCCACGUCAGGGCGGAGGCCUCUCCUAACCUUCCCAUAGGAGCACAGAUCCUCAGCCCACCAUACUUCGGAGCUAGCGGCUUUCCCUCAGCACUGCCACUGCAGAGUCAGGACCUAGAGGACCGUCCGCCUUCGCCCCCUCCGCAGGCGCGGCCUUUUGGAGAGCGGGGAGGAGUGGAGAGGACAGGGGCCCCUGCCCGCCCCUCCCCCACUUGGUCCCCUGGCCCCCGGCCCCUGGCGACCCAGAGAUCCCCAUUUCUAGGUCUUUCCAUCCAUCCACUCCCUGACCUUUUCCCGUCUCCUGGCUGCGGCCAUGGAGUUACAGAAGGGAAAAGGGGCAGCAGCAACUGCUGCUUCGGGAGCAGCGGGAGGUGGAGGAGGAGGAGCGGGAGCAGGAGCCCCAGGAGGGGGGAGGCUGCUACUUUCAACCAGUUUGGAUGCCAAGGAUGAGUUAGAGGAGAGGUUGGAAAGGUGUAUGAGCAUUGUGACGUCGAUGACUGCUGGUGUCUCUGAGAGAGAGGCCAAUGAUGCCCUCAAUGCCUACGUAUGCAAAGGCCCCCCUCAGCAUGAGGAAAUCUGCCUGGGCCUCUUUACUCUUGUCCUCACUGAACCUGCCCAAGCCCAGAAGUGUUACCGAGAUUUGGCUCUGGUGAGUCGUGACGGCAUGAAUAUUGUCCUGAAUAAAAUCAACCAGAUACUUAUGGAGAAGUACCUGAAGUUGCAGGAUACCUGCCGUACUCAGUUGGUGUGGUUGGUACGGGAACUAGUGAAGAGCGGGGUUCUGGGAGCCGAUGGUGUUUGCAUGACAUUUAUGAAGCAGAUUGCAGGUGGAGAUGUUACAGCCAAAAAUAUCUGGCUGGCAGAAAGUGUUCUGGAUAUCCUGACGGAGCAAAGGGAGUGGGUCCUGAAGAGCAGCAUCCUCAUUGCCAUGGCUGUUUACACAUAUCUCCGCCUCAUCGUUGACCACCAUGGAACUGCCCAGCUCCAGGCCCUGCGGCAGAAGGAAGUGGACUUCUGCAUCUCACUGCUUCGGGAACGGUUCAUGGAAUGUUUGAUGAUUGGUCGGGACCUCGUAAGACUACUUCAGAAUGUUGCUAGGAUACCAGAAUUUGAACUGCUUUGGAAAGAUAUUAUCCAUAAUCCUCAGGCCUUGAGUCCUCAGUUCACAGGUAUCCUACAGCUGCUUCAGUCAAGGACAUCCCGAAAAUUCCUAGCAUGUCGUCUAACUCCAGACAUGGAGACUAAGCUCCUCUUCAUGACAUCCCGGGUGAGGUUUGGUCAACAAAAGCGAUACCAGGAUUGGUUCCAGCGUCAGUACCUGUCAACUCCAGACAGUCAGUCUCUGCGCUGUGACCUCAUUCGCUACAUCUGUGGGGUAGUCCACCCUUCUAAUGAAGUACUGAGUUCAGAUAUCUUGCCUCGGUGGGCCAUCAUUGGUUGGCUCCUGACAACAUGCACGUCAAAUGUUGCUGCCUCUAAUGCCAAGCUGGCUUUGUUUUACGACUGGCUGUUCUUUAGUCCAGACAAGGAUAGCAUUAUGAACAUAGAACCAGCCAUCUUGGUCAUGCAUCACUCCAUGAAACCCCACCCAGCCAUCACUGCCACGCUCCUGGACUUCAUGUGCCGUAUCAUUCCCAACUUCUAUCCACCAUUGGAAGGCCAUGUGCGACAGGGUGUCUUUUCCUCCCUCAACCACAUUGUGGAGAAACGGGUCUUGGCACACCUGGCUCCCCUGUUCGACAACCCUAAGUUGGAUAAAGAACUGCGGGCAAUGCUGCGAGAGAAGUUUCCCGAGUUCUGCAGCUCACCCUCCCCACCUGUGGAAGUCAAAAUUGAGGAGCCGGUUUCCAUGGAGAUGGACAACCACAUGUCAGAUAAGGAUGAGAGUUGCUACGACAAUGCAGAGGCAGCCUUCAGUGACGAUGAGGAGGAUCUCAACAGCAAAGGAAAGAAGAGAGAGUUUCGCUUCCAUCCUAUCAAGGAGACAGUUGUGGAGGAGCCGGUUGACAUCACUCCUUACCUUGACCAGUUGGAUGAGUCCCUAAGGGACAAAGUACUCCAGCUGCAGAAGGGGAGUGAUACGGAGGCCCAGUGUGAGGUCAUGCAGGAAAUCGUGGACCAGGUCCUGGAGGAAGACUUUGACUCGGAGCAGCUGUCUGUCCUUGCUUCCUGCCUGCAGGAGCUCUUCAAGGCUCACUUUCGAGGGGAGGUGCUGCCCGAAGAGAUUACUGAGGAGUCCCUGGAGGAGUCUGUAGGAAAGCCUCUCUACCUAAUAUUCAGAAACCUGUGCCAGAUGCAAGAAGACAACAGCAGCUUCUCUCUGCUUCUGGACCUUCUCUCCGAGCUGUAUCAGAAGCAGCCCAAGAUUGGCUAUCACCUGCUCUACUAUCUGAGGGCCAGCAAAGCCGCCGCAGGGAAGAUGAACCUGUAUGAGUCGUUUGCUCAGGCUACUCAGUUGGGCGAUCUGCACACCUGCCUGAUGAUGGACAUGAAGGCCUGCCAAGAGGACGACGUGCGCCUGCUGUGCCACCUCACACCCUCCAUCUACACAGAGCUCCAGGAGCUGGUCUGCCAUGUGAUGAUGGGGAACCUGGUCAUGUUUCGAAAAGACUCAGUUCUCAACAUACUUAUCCAAAGCCUAGACUGGGAAACCUUUGAGCAGUAUUGUGCCUGGCAGCUCUUCCUGGCCCACAACAUCCCCCUGGAGACCAUAAUCCCCAUCCUGCAGCACCUCAAAUACAAGGAGCACCCAGAGGCCCUGUCCUGCCUGUUGCUUCAGCUCCGAAGAGAGAAGCCCAGCGAGGAGAUGGUGAAGAUGGUGCUGAGCCGGCCUUGCCACCCUGAUGACCAGUUCACCACCAGCAUCCUGCGGCACUGGUGCAUGAAGCACGACGAGCUCCUGGCUGAGCACAUCAAGUCCCUGCUCAUCAAGAACAACAGCCUGCCUCGCAAGAGACAGAGCCUGAGGAGUUCCAGCAGCAAGCUGGCCCAGCUAACCCUGGAGCAGAUCCUGGAGCACCUGGACAACCUGCGGCUCAACCUGACCAACACCAAGCAGAACUUUUUUAGCCAGACCCCAAUCCUCCAGGCGCUGCAGCAUGUCCAGGCGAGCUGUGAUGAAGCCCACAAGAUGAAGUUCAGUGAUCUCUUCUCCCUGGCGGAGGAGUACGAGGACUCUUCCACCAAGCCACCCAAGAGCCGGCGAAAAGCAGCUCUGUCCAGCCCUCGAAGUCGGAAGAAUGCCACGCAGCCCCCCAAUGCUGAGGAGGAGUCAGGCUCCAGCAGCGCUUCGGAGGAAGAAGACACAAAGCCGAAGCCCACCAAGCGGAAACGAAAAGGGUCCUCUGCCGUGGGCUCGGACAGUGACUGAGGCUGGUGUCCCUACCCACCCAGCUGGAUUUCCCUCUCCUUGGUGAAUCACAGGUUAAUAGGGGCUGGGGAGACACAGGGCAACACCCCUCCCUUCCCUGAGCUCACCCAGGGGGAGGAUGAGCUGCCUCUGGCCCAGCCUGAGAAGCAGCCCCGAGCCCUCCCCUCCCGGGGCCUCCAGCCCCUCUAACUGCUGUUCCCGCCGAUGUUUGGGUUCUCACUGAAGCCAGAGGCUGUGCAAAAUCAGACUGUGGUGGAAGUCCUCGGCUCCCUGGUCCCUGCCCCGGCCAGCCCCUCCCUCAGCCUCCCCCCAGUUUCCCAAAGAGCCAUUUCAACAGAGAAGGGAAAGGACAAAGGGGCAGCCAGCCAGAGAAGCUCGGAGGAGAGGAGAGACUCAAUGUGGGGGUGCCCCUUCCUCCUCCCCUUCAGGUCGUGGUUUGCUCUCGUCACUCUCCACGCACCGGUAUGAAAUGGGCAUCUGACCUGACGUGGUCGGUCCCAACCACGAGCAGAUGCCACAGGCACUCAGGAGGGACCUGGAGGGUGUGCCCUGGAGUCUUGGGUUGGCCUGAGGUUGGCACCUCAAGCUGGGCCAGGGCCCAGGGGAGUCCCAGAGGCAAGUUCCACAGAACUCUCAAAUGGUCCCAGUUCCUUGGGUCUGUUUUUUUUGGCAGAGAUAAUCGUGUCUUAAAAGUUGUUUUUAAACGACAAUAAAGCAAGCUGGAAUGUCUUGUGUUGGAA